AUGGGAAAUUGCCAGUUGAGCGGCAAUCAGCCCGAUAAGCGGGCUGAUUUGAUGGCCGUGGACGCCGUGCCAAGCAAAGACGUAAGUUCAAUUAAGAGAUAGCGGAGCCUCAUUUCCUGUCUUGUGGAAACAAGAAAUGAGUUUUGGUGGGGGUGGAUGAGGGAGGUGGGAUUUUUGGUUGGUGAGGAAAACUGUUCUACUCACAAACGUCUUGGCAGAGGGAUAUUUUGAUGUCAAACCGUUUUAUGGAGACGCAAAAGACUUGUUUCUUUAAUGGGCGUCUUCAAUUUGAAAAUAGGAUGGCUAAACUUAUCUAGUUUUUUUCAGGGGUGGCCACCCGGGCCCGUUUCGGCCCGUCUUACUUAUCCCGAACUUUUUUCUGAGUAACCGAAUGGCUUUGAAACUUCGGCUAGCCCUAGGUUUAGAAGGGUGCUGACCCUUCAAAAUGUUAUUAGAUUUUUGAUAUCUCUUCUCCAAAACGAGAUAUCGCAAUUGCGGGAAAAGUAAGACGGGCCGAAACGGGCCCGGAUGGCCACCCCUGGUUUUCUUUUUGCUAAAUGUUUAUCAUAAAUCGAGAUUUUUUAUGUCUCAGAGGUACACUGGGUGUGAAACCACAAACGGAAAGUCCGGAUUACAUAUUCCGAUCUGCCAUAAAUUCUGCAUACCUGCUCUCUUUGGGCUGCACAUCUAUAUAUGAUGACAAGUUUUUUUUAUGCUUUAGACAUCAACAGCUAAAAAGAUGAAUUUUUUUUCAAUUUACCCUCUAAAAACGUCAGUGUUUUCUGCAAGGUUUGAACUAAGAGUCUUGCAGUUUUUAGAAAGCAUUAUUCUAAAAUUUUGCCGAUUUUUUUUCAAAAUCUUCGAAAUUGAGUAUUUCCUCUGCCGGUUAACUUUUAUCUCUAAGAAGUUUACCUGCUGUCCACUCAUUUCCUGUCUUGAAGUUCAACUAAUCGAUGGAGCUGUGUGAAAAUUUUUGUCUACUCGGAAUUCGUUUAUCUUUUGAUAAAGGUUUCAAACACGCGGAGAAUUGAGUUAAGGUUAGAGUUUUUAGCUUCCUUUCCCAUUUUUUUAUUUACAGUAGACUCCGCGGACCUCCGUCUAAAUUGGUCUACGAUCGUCAGACAAAAAAAAAGAUUGUAGUCUUUUGUGGUAGUGUAGGGCGUUUUUUGCAGAAAUUGCAAUUGUCAAACGCGAUGGACUUUGGCAUUUAUGUAUUAUACAUGGAGUCCAAUACCUUGAUAUUUCGUUUGUUUCUAUGUAAUACAAUUUGUAAAGGAGUUACCGUCGAGAUGCGGAGAAAUGUUGGGUAAUCGUUUUCUAUGUGAAAUAAUUUUUCCUUUGUGUUUUGCAGAAACCGUUAAAGAAAUUUACAAAGAAAAGGCUCUAAUUCUUUUUUUUAUCGACUACCUGUCCUCGUUGCUGUCUGCAAAGAGCGCUGAAUAUAUCAAUUUAAGUGCCACUGAUAGGUCCAAACUUUACUUACCGGUGGUUUGAACUCUUUUUUAUUGACAUGCCCUUUGCAUCUAUCUGUUAUGCAACUGUUCAACCAGUGCCCAAUUAAACAUCCCCCCUCCCUGCAAAUCAUUCUAUUUUUAUCGAUUUCGACCUCAAAAUUACCACUUUAGUAGCUGCCAAUUAGUUCGAAACGAUGGUCUUUCUAAUUACCAGUCCCCCGUAACUCUAUUCUUUCACCGUGCAAUUAGUCGAUAAAUGUCGCUUCAGUUCGUACACUUCUUUGGCAUUUUGUCGGCUAAAAUGCAAAGGCCUUCCGACCCAAAUAAGAUCAACCCGUUUGUAAUGACUUGAAUUUGGGGUUCACCUCAAAUCUAAUUGUUUUGGGAACACUUCAUCUAAUUACCUUUGAGGACCAGUUGUUCAAUGCAUUAAUGUUGUUGGAGGAUUAGUUAGCUACUAGUUUAGGGAUCAAGUUUCGGCAUAAAAAUGAGAUUUUUUAAAAGUUUAUUGGUGAACUUCCAGACAUCUUUUUACAAUGAUUUCUAAUCCUUUUACAUGGAUUUCUAAUCUCUCAUUUUCUCUUCAAAAGUUUCACCGAAAAUAAUUAGCCAAUCUGCCCCAACGACUGGCGGAAUCCUGUCCAAUAAUCGGAAAAGAAUCUCGAGGCGUCCCCUCGCCGGUUAUAAUGAAAUGACGCAAAUUGCCCCACAAAGUUUGGCCCAAAUUAACUUUGUUUGGGGGCACGCCUCGGGCGCGGCCUUAAAAAUAUGUUGUUGCUCCUCUCUCUACGGUAAUUCGAAAAUUCUGAGCGAACGCGUGUCGCAGGUGGAACUGCGGAAUGUCAUUUCGAACCAUGUGGAAGUCCAAGAAGAAAACUGUAAGAAGUGGUUUAGAUACGGAGCUUAUAUAGUCGGUAAUGCGUGUAGACUGCGGUUCUGGAGUUGGUGGAAGGAUGUGUGUCUUUGACAGGCUUGAAAAGGACUGGGAUUGGAGAGGAUAUUAAAAUUUGUUAUUUGUCUUAGCGUCUAUAUGAAAAAAAUUGGUUUUUAAGCGAUUUGUCCAAAAAAUGCUUCCUGUUUGUUCACACUCCCAUUUUUAGUUGCGUUCAGCGGUGGCGCGGACCUCAUCCAUCGCUCAAGCGGUGACGCCCAUGUCCACCAUGAAUGUAGAGAAUCCCACGCGCUACGUGGACGCCAAGUCUCCAAAUCCCGAGCUUUACGUGAAGGCUGCCGAAAUCAGCAAAAAAAUUGAUGACCAACUGGUGAAGGAUCACAUGGCCAUGGAAAAAGUGAUCAAGUUGUUGUUGCUGGGUAAGGAUUUGAGGUGUUUUGUUGUCGUUGGCGCUAAAUUCUUUCAUCAUGAACUUUUUUUUAUUUUUUCUUGUUAUGUCAGCUUUCAAAAUUAAAAGAAAAACGUUUUUUUUUGAUUUUUCAAAAUUUCUAAUCACCAACUUUCCAGGUCCCUCCGAAUCCGGCAAAUCCACGGUGCUAAAGCAGAUGCGAAUAAUCCAUUGCAACGGUUUUUCCACGGAAGAAUUAUGGGCUCGUCGCCCUCUAAUCUUCCUCAAUGUCCUUCAAUCAAUUGCCCAGCUGAUUCAUGGAAUCGAAAAACUCGGGAUGAUCCUGCCAAAGGAGCUGCAACGAGAUGCGGAUUUGAUUUUUCAAGCUUUGACUGAUGAGAAGAACAUUGAAAAUCAAAUCCCCAAAAAUGUUUACUUUGCCAUCAAGCGGUUGUGGGCGGAGGAAACGAUUCAAAAAGCGUAUGAAAGGAGGAAUGAGUAUCAUGUUAUUGACUGUGCUAAAUAGUAAGCGGUUUUGAAAUUUUUUAAAAAUAUUUCUUUUUCUUCAAUUUUUUUUUUUAUUUUUAAUUUAAACUUCGGUAUUUUUGAGUUAAAAAAACAUUUUUAAAAUUGCUAGAAUCUACCGUACAUUAUUCGUAUCUUGUUUUCUCCACUUUUAAUUUUCCAAUAAAUUUUGUGACAUUUCGUCAUAGUCAUAAAUUUCAUUUGUCAUGAUUUUUUUUCAACAUCUAAAGUUUUGAUUCAAGUUUCCUCGACGACAUUGACCGACUCCAAAGCUCGAGUUACGUGCCCACAGUGAGCGACGUUCUUUACGCACGGCAGGAGACGAUUGGCGUGUCCGAGAUACGAUACUCGUACAAGGAAAUGGAAUUUAGGUGCGUUCAAAUUUUCAACACGCUAUUUUUAACGGUUUUCUAAAAAAAGAGUUUCCGUAAAAAUUUUUAGAUCUGGAAAAAACGCGUAAAUUAAAAAUUUGUUUAGGAUAUUCGACGUUGGUGGUCAGAAAACGGAACGAAGGAAAUGGAUUCAUCUCUUCGACAACGUGAACGCCAUCUUUUUCAUUGCCGCCAUUUCGGAGUACGAUCAGAAAAUGAGGGAGGACACGGAAACGGUAAGCUUGACAAAUGGGCUGUGAGAAAUUGGCAAAGAGAAUUAUCAGCGGAGCUCUGAUUUUGACGGAUUUGAGAAACAAAAUAGUUUUCAUAAGGUACAUAUGAGAUUGAUAGCUCACACUUUGCAAAAAAAUCCUCAUUAACGAUGCCACAAAUUUUUUUCCAAGCAAAAUAACAAAGACAUGGAAAAAAGAAAAGUUUUUCUCUCUGACCGCUCUCUGCAUUUUGCACACUCACUGCAAAAUUUAGAGCAAAGAUCGUUGAAAUCUACGCCAGCGAAAAUGCAACUAAAAUUUUAGAGAUUUUAUACAUCUAUACAGGGGGGACCUGAUCGAGCGGCAAAAAACGUUCCAUUUUGCAUUCAGGAAGCAUCAAAAAUAUGGCAAAACACCUCCUGUUCAAGUGAAAAACUCCGAUUUCAAAAGCGCGUCCUUUGUAAGGAAAGUUUUUUUGCGAGGGAACUUCAAAAACCCUUCAAAACGAAGUUUUUUCACUUGGAGAGGGAAGCAUUUUACCACAUUUUUGAUACUUCCCGGAUGCAAAAUGGUGCGUUUUUUGCCACCGGAGAAGGCCCCCACUGUAUAUUACAAUCUUUGCAGAACCGACUCCACGAUGCCAUAGAAUUGUUCAAGAACAUUGGGAAUAACCCAAUCUUCGCCCGGGUUCAACUCAUCCUCUUCCUCAACAAGCAAGACUUAUUUGCGGAAAAGAUCAACAAAAUCCCAUUGUCCAUGUGCUUUCCAACCUACCAGUGUAAGCUCAAACAGUUUUCACAGUCUUCAAAGUUAAUUUUCAUUUCGAAAAAACAAGAUUUUCUUUGCAAAACGCUAUUCUUACUUUGUUUACAGUAAAAAUUGCGUUAAAAGUGUAGUGUUAUUAAUGUUUUUUGUAAUUUUGAUAACGUUUCAGUGUUCUGCGAACGACUCAAAGCCCUGAGGCCACAAGAAUAUGAUGGUAAGUCAUAUUUUGAAUCUAAGCUUUGAUUAGAUAACAAGUCUUUGGUCCUCCGUUACAUAGUAUAAGAUUGUAUUUUGUUACCGGAAUUUAAAAAAAAAAAUAUAACUUUUCAGACAAAAACGAAUUCAAAAAAGCGGCCUUAUACAUAACACGCAAGUUCGAGAAGCAGAUCAACGACAAGCAGAAGAUGAUCUACACCCAUUUGACCUGCGCCACCGACACAUCGCAUCUCAGCUUCCUGAUGAACAGUAUAAUCGACUACAUUAUUUCCGAGAACUUCAAACAAACCGGUGUGCUGUAA